AUGUCUUCGAUGAAGGUGCUGUUGCUUUCAACAACAGUAUGCUUGAUAGUGCUAUUGGGAUGUGUAGCAGCAAUUGCAGUACUGAUCAACAACUUGAAUGUAUUCUUUAAAGAUGCUGUGAGUGAACUGGAUGAAUUUCAUUUGAUUGCAAAUGAUGCUUGGAACUCCAUGAUGCAAAUGGAGAAUCAACACAGUGCAAAGUCACUUUUUGAACUGCUCGCUAAGCGAAACAAAAGAGAAGCGGGAUGCGCUUGUUCGCUAAAAGCGAACAGCUGCCCACCCGGCCCUGCCGGACCACCCGGUGAUCCAGGAGCAGCCGGAGAAAAUGGCCCACCCGGCCCGCCCGGCAAGCCUGGACUUGACGCUCUCUUAUUUGGCAUCACAGAAGAUGGCGGUUGUAUCAAGUGUGAGCCUGGCCCAGCAGGCCCAGCAGGACCUGUUGGACCUCCAGGACCUCCUGGACCGAAAGGAAAGCCUGGCGUGGAAGGAGCACCGGGAAAAGAUGGAGCACCUGGAGCACCUGGUCCAUCAGGAAAGACUGGUCCACCUGGACCACCAGGACCCGUCGGUCCGGCUGGACCAGCUGGUAAAAGCGGGGGGAAAGGCAAACGUUUGAAAGGACCGAAAGGGCCACCUGGCCCUCCUGGACCGGCUGGGGCACCCGGAAGGAACGGUGCGAUUGGUGCAAUGGGACCUCCAGGACCACCGGGACCAAUGGGACCACCUGGAAAGGCUGGUGUUCCUGGUCUCGAUGGUGCGCCAGGAGAACCUGGCAAACCGGGCAAACCAGGCGACGACGGUGUCUAUUGUCCUUGUCCUGAACGAACCAGUAAAAUAAUUAAAUGA